CGUCACCGAUUCCGUCCCAACACGGAAACACGGGACAGUGGCAACAACUCGCAAUCGCGUUGCUGUUAUUAUGGAUUUAAAGCGCCACUACUAGUUUACAUGUCACCGUGUUUGGUAGCUGUCAGCGCGACGUUUGACGGCUGGUGUUACGUUUCUGACCGAUGGACGCCCGCGCUGGAAGUGGAGAGAGCUUUAGUUCAAUAGAGUUAGUCGUGUUUGUUCACAGCCAUGAAACAUAGUGUUUUGGGGGUCAUGGGGGCACUGGGCCGCCUGCUGCUCACGCUUCUCCUGCUGUCCUGGGAUGGGAAAUUCUUUCAGGUUGGAGGGGUCAGGUCAGUCACCCUCCCAGAAUCCCUCCUGUUCAUCUCGACACUGGACGGCAGUCUGCAUGCUGUCUCCAAACAGUCAGGAGACAUCAAGUGGACCCUGAGAGAAGACCCCAUCAUCCAAGUGCCUGUCUACCUCACAGAGCCAGGUUUUCUCCCAGACCCCAAUGAUGGCAGUUUAUAUAUACUGGGUGGAAAGCACAAGGAAGGCCUAAUGAAAUUGCCUUUUACCAUCCCAGAGCUGGUUCAGUCAGCUCCCUGCCGGAGCUCUGAUGGUGUUCUCUACACAGGUAAAAAGCAGGACGUGUGGUUUGUUGUGGAUCCUGAGACAGGUGAGAAGCAAACCAGUUUGACCACCUCCUCCUCCGAAUCCAUCUGCCCCAACACUCCUCUGCUCUAUAUAGGACGCACAGAAUAUGUUGUUACCAUGUUUGACACCAAGACACGGCAGUUGCGAUGGAACGCUACCUACAAUGAUUACUCUGCUCCACCUUAUGAUGAAAAGCAAGACUACAAAAUGGCCCAUCUUGUGUCGAGUGGUGACGGUCUUGUUGUGACCGUGGACAGAGAGACAGGUGACGUCCUGUGGAGUCAGAACUACGGCUCGCCUGUUGUGGGCGUCUACCUGUAUUCUGGUGACUCACUAAGACACGCCCCUCACCUGUCCCUCGCCAUGGAAACGCUGCGUUUCCUCACCUUCUCCUCUGCCACCGAUCAGACGGACACACACUCCACUCUGAAAUGGAGCUAUCAGUUUGUGAAGGAGCAGGCAAGGGCACAAACACAACUUGUGCCCACUCUCUAUGUUGGAAAAUUGGACUCUCAUCUCUACGCUUCCACUUCCCUUGUCCACCACGGAGUCUCAUUAGUGCCUCGGGGUCUCACCCUGGCUCGGAUUGAAGGUCCAGUGACGGCUGGAGUGACGGUCAGAGAGCGAGGGGAGUGUGAGAUUAUUCCGUCCACUGAUGUGCGCUAUCCACCAGGGAGCACCAACAGCCGGAAGAACCACUGGCUGCUGAUAGGCCAUCAUGAGAUCCCGCCUGUCGCACACACCACCAUGUUGAGGGAUUUCCCAGUCUCCCUGCAGCAUUCUGGUGAGGCAGUCAUUCCCCCUCGUCCUCCCGCCUCUUCUGCCUCCACUGUCUCCCCUACCUCCUACAACCAGCAACGAUAUUUUGGGACAGUUGCUGGUAGCCAUGGCGACAGUAAUGCGAACAGAGGAGGGGUGGACGGGCGAACAACAGGACAGGCUUCAAGGCCGGUCACUGUGCUGCCCGUGUACUUGACACAGGAUCGUAUGACUCUGGCUGUUUUGACGCUGCUGGUGGGAGGAUGGUUGGUCUUCAUACUCACGUACCCCGGUCGUGCAGCGCAGCAGCUGAAAGCUCAAAGGCAACUGGAGGAGGCUUUUGAGUCUCAUCUCCAGCGCAUGCAGACAAACAUGCAGACGAACGUUCAAACACUGAUCUCGGCUUCUUCAGACACAAACCUUUCCACUGACACUAACCACUCCAGUGACUCUAGACCUGUAUCGGUUGACCCUCCAUCCGGUACUCAUACUCACAGUAGCAGCCCCACAGAUGGUGACAGAAAUGGGCUCAAACCUACAGCAGAAGGAAACGAGGAGGAGGUGCAGGUGGGAAAAAUCUCCUUUGCUUCGUCUGAUGUCCUUGGACACGGCACAGCAGGAACGUUUGUCUUCAGGGGUAAAUUUGACGGGCGUCAUGUCGCGGUGAAGCGGAUCCUACCCGAGUGUUUUGAGGUGGCGGAGAGAGAAGUGCAGCUCCUGCGAGAGUCUGACACUCACCCGAACGUCAUCCGAUACUUCUGCACAGAGCGAGACCGCCUCUUCACGUACAUCGCGAUCGAGCUGUGCACCGCCACCCUGCAACAGUAUGUGGAGGAUCCCUCUUGCUUUCCUGAGCUGAAUCCUAUAACUCUACUGGAACAGACCAUGUGUGGCCUUUCACACCUCCACUCACUCAACAUAGUCCAUCGUGACCUGAAACCUAGAAACAUCCUCCUGUCUGGUCCAAGCGUGCUUGGUCAGAUCCGAGCUCUCAUCUCCGACUUUGGACUCUGUAAGAAGAUCCCAGACGGUCGCUGCAGCUUCUCGCUGCGCUCAGGAAUACCAGGAACUGAAGGGUGGAUAGCUCCUGAAGUACUACGAGAAACACCUGGAAAUAAACCAACAGCAGCAGUGGAUGUGUUCUCAGCCGGCUGUGUGUUUUACUACGUGGUCAGCAGGGGGCAGCACCCGUUUGGUGACGCACUGCGACGACAGAUCAACAUCCUGUCAGGAGAAUAUUCGCUCCCAUUUUUUAUGGAGGACAUGCACGAUGACUUCAUAGCCAGGGAUCUGAUUGAGCAAAUGAUCAGCGAUGAGGCCGAGUCACGCCCCUCCACCGCCUGUGUGCUGAAACAUCCUUUCUUCUGGAGUCCAGAGAAGCAGCUGCUCUUUUUCCAGGACGUGAGCGAUCGCAUAGAGAAGGAACCACCAGACAGUCCCAUUGUGGUCAGACUGGAGACUGCAGGCAGAGCUGUGGUCCGAACCAACUGGAGGAUGCACAUCACUGUGCCUCUACAAACAGACUUGCGUCGUUUCAGGACGUAUAAAGGAAACUCCGUUCGAGAUCUGCUGAGAGCCAUGAGAAAUAAGAAACAUCACUACCACGAGUUGCCACCGGAGGUGCAGGAGACUCUCGGCGAGCUGCCCGAUGGCUUCGUCUGCUACUUUACCUCCCGGUUUCCGCGGUUACUAAUGCACACACACGCUGCUCUGCACAUCUGUGCCCACGAGAGACUAUUUCAUCCCUACUAUCUGACCCCGAGCUCCAAAUAACCCUCAGCACUCCACCCUCUAAAUGCAUUAACGCACACAUCCUUCAGGUGUACUCUUUGGUGAGCAAUGGAAAUCUCUAAUAUUGCCAUGUUAUUGCUUUUGUAAAGCCCAUACUGUUUUUAUGAGGGAAGAUAUGGACUUGUUAAAUAGUUUUUUAUAAACCUUGAAUUGUUUUAUAGAUCAACUUUAAUUUUAUGCAGCAUUUUCUGGCGCAGGUGGUAAAUUUAACAACAUAGAAUGUGUAUACCCCAAAGUCACAAUAUAAUCACAACAAUAAUAACAAUAAUAAUAAUAAUAAUAAUAAAAUGUAAUCAUUCGAUGCAGUUACCAAAUAUCUUCAUUCAGUUGAAUGCGAUUUUUACUGUUCAGUCCACUUUAAGACAAAGUCAGCUGUUUUCACUCAUGAAGCCAAGUGCAAUAUUUAAUAUAAAAGACCAAAAAGUGCCAUUAAGUGAAUCACUGGAUCGAAAUUAAACACUUUCACUAAAAUGCGUACAGUAAAUUGUGACACUGACAAGGACAGGGUUCUAACCCUCUCUCCUGUGUCUUUAUUUUUCCUGAGUGGAUAGUUCAGACACAGGUAAGAAAAUCUGUGUGGACAGAUUUUCUUAUCCGUUUUCUUAGGACUUAUUUUAUGAAGAUUCACGUGUAUUUGAAAUAAAUAAUGUGCACCAUUCAAGUGUCAAACUCUACUUUUGCAACCAAUACAAUCUGAUAAUAGAUUUAAAUACAACUUUCCACAGCGUUGAAAACCUAAUUUAAUAAGAAAUAUUUACUCUUGCUGUUGGUUUUUAUUGUUAUGUCGUUUGUUUGCGUCCAUGUCACCUUUACUGCACUGCUAAAAGAUAAUAGUCAAAUAUCACUGGCACUGCAGAGACACGGGAAAAUGUUGUUGCACUACAAAUCUGUAUGCUACAUUUUAAGCUACAGACGUGUGUCAGUAUGUUUCACUGGAUCACCACUCCUGAAUGUCAAUAUUUAAGCUUUUAUUGAAACUUUGCCUCACGACAUGUUACUGAGUAGUCAGAGAGAGUCAAGGAAUCUCCUCCUCAGAACUACUGGAUGAAGGUUUGUGUACAGUUCUGCCGUGGAAUAUUUGAUGAAGAAUAAAUCUUUUGUACUUUUUUUCUUUUUUGGAAUGAGUGAAUUAAACUGAUGCUUUGGGUGUUUCAAAGAACGACAUAAA